CGACCUGUCUGCCAUUCCCUUGUGCUCGUGAAGGCUUAUUCAUCGCCGAGGACCACCGUGGAGCGAUGGACACGUCAGAUCCAUCGUCGUUUUCGUCAGCCGGCGAAGCAGCCAUGCCCUGCGAGGACGCCUCGUCGUCGACAGAUCAGCUGCAUCAGCAGCAUCAGCAGCAUCAGCAGCAGCAGGAGGAGGAUCUGAUCAACGUAGAAGGGAUGGAGAUCCACUCGCUGCCGCCACGAGGGAGGCGGCAGCGGCACAAGCCCGAGGACGGGGUGGGCGCUGCCUCAUCGUCGGCUGAUGCGGGGCCCGAUGGCGACGCCGCGAUGAAGCUGGGUGAAGGGGACAAGGCCGAGGAGGAGGAGGGACGCAAGUCGAGCAGACGAUUCGAAUGUAUGGCACACGCAGGGAGGGACGGGUGGGAUGGCUGGGCUCAUGCAUUUUGUGCGCCUGGUGGAUGGUGGGUGGUGUGUGGUGUGUGUGUAGAUCUGGACCACACUGCAGACGUCAUUCUUCAUGCCUGUGAGGGAGAGAAGAACACCUGAAGGCUUGUCGGACCUUGCUCAUUCGUCGCUCUCUCUCUUGUGUGUGUGCUCUGUGUGCGUGCUGUGUGCAGGGGGUGAUCGUCUGAAGGAUGCGCUGGAGCAGUUGGCUGAGGCAAUGUUCAACUACAUGACCGACAUCGAAAAGGUCCUCCCGGACGGCACGCGCGAAAUCGAGGCGCAAGGCAAGCAAAUGGAUGGAUGGAUGGAUGGCUCGCUCUUAUCCAUUGCAUCAUCUCUGUGUGUGUUUGUGUUUGUGUGUGUGAUACCUGCCAUCCUCCCUCCUCUCUCAUCCAUCCAUCCGCCUGUGCAUCUGUGUAUCUGUGUGUCGGUCAGGUCGCGACUUGCCUGAUCUGGUGUUCCACUUCUUGGACGAGUGUCUGUUCCUCUACGGGUCUGAGUACUUCAUCUGCUCCGUCGUGGAGAUACUGCACAUCGACGUCACGACUGCACCACUCACCAUACGAGCCAGAGGGUGGGGGCAACACACACGCACACACACACACAGAGAUACGUGUGGACGGAAUGAGUGUGUGAUGUCUGUUGUGUGUCGGUGGUGUCAGGUAUGGCGAGAAGUUUGACCGAGUGCGCCACACACAGGGCACCGAGAUCAAGGCCAUCACGAUGCACGAGAUAAAGAUCACAGAGAGCUGCUGCGGAGCUGACGUCUACGUCCUCGUCGACAUAUAGUAAUAAUGAUAAGAAUGAGACAAGUGACGCGACGGACGUCGAUCAGGCAGGCAGGCAGGAAGCCUUAGAAGGAUGCGGUCUUUUUCGAUUGUGGUUGAGUAGCUCUGUCAGACUGUGUUUGUCGAGUGACGCACACGGCUUAACUUAUCUGUCAGAUAAGUGAUAAGAUGAUGCAGUACAAGAGAUAUGGAUGGAUGGACCGACAGUCUUUGUGAUUAACGAGCACACGCAACCG